AUGGGCGGCGACUACUCUAAUGAUCUAAUGAGUGAUACAACAGUGCUUGUUGUAGGUGACAGAGAGACGGAGAAGUACCGGUUUUGUGUGAAAAAGAGAUUUGACGUUGUUUUUGUGAGGCCGAAUGCCAUCAAAAUAUUGCAUGAGAAAUGGCUGGAAGGUGACGAUGGACUAGAUAUUGCCCAUUAUAAGCUGCCUGCUUUUGACGGCUUAUCCAUCUGUGUUUCCAGGAUUGGCGACCACUCUAAGAGCAAGUUUUCAAAGCUUAUUUCGGACAAUGGAGGUGUGGUAACUGAUUCACUUACUAUGAGCAGUUCUUGUGUGGUGUCGACGGAGAGAUCAGGCAAAAGAUACGAGAAGGCUAUUGAAUGGAAGGUUCCGGUAGUACAUCCGAAGUGGGUCGAGGAUUGCAUUCGCAGAAAGGCCACUCUAGAUAUGAAGUACUACGAGAUUGACAAGAUUAAUGCAGCAGACCUGGGUGCUAACUCGUGUUUGGUCUGGGAACACGUCACCAAAGAUGAGCCUAAAAUACGACAAACGAGACAGCUGAUUCCGGAAACUGACGAGUCGCUCAAAAUCACAAAGAAAGCGCCAAGCUUGUGGGGUUCUAUUAUGGGGAAUUUGAAGGCUCAGAGCAAGCCCAAGAAUGAAUCUUCUACCUGGGAAGAGGAACAAGUCGUUGAUGAACAACCACAGAUACAGGAUCGCGAGCUUGCUGAAGUCUCAAAGCCCAAACAUCAUGAGCAGAGACUGUUUGACAAUUUCACAUUUGCGAUUUCGCUAUUCACGAAGGCGCAAGAGGAAACGCUAAGUAGGGUUCUCAUCUCCAAUGGCUCAGAAAUCGCAAGUGUUGAAGAUGCCAGUUCAACUCAUAUCUUGAUACCGUCUAAUUGCACCAUGGAUGACUACACAGGUCCGAAGACUCUUCCUAUAGUUACUGAAUGGUUCAUAGAACGCAGCCUACAUUACGGCGAGAUUCGUAAUGACCGCUGGGGCCAAGUGCUUUACCAGAAGAUGAGCAAUUCGGGAGUCGGCAUUAGCAUUUCAGGAUUCUCAGGAAUCGAGCUUUUGCACAUCACAAAGUUAAUCAAGUAUCUCGGCUGUGAAUUCCACGAAACAUUUCGAAAGGAUAGAGAUUUUUUAGUGGUCAAUAUUAAUGGAUUGGGCAUUCCAAAAGACAGUCCGCUAUUCCACUACAGAUACCCAGAAGUGGUAGAAAUGCCUGCUCCAUCUUCGGCUUCUCUCAUGUCUACCAAGGCCAAGAUAAGUGCUGCUAAGAAGUGGAACGUUCACGUGGUUUCUGCUGCUUUCAUUUGGGAAUGGAUAGACACGGGUCUCCAGCCUUCUAAUAGCAACCCAGAGUGGAACGUCUACAGCCCACCAGCCAAUUUAGCAGACUCAUUGAAUACUAACGAUGCUUCAAAAUCCAACUCUAUUCCCACAGCCUCCGCAGAGUCACUGGAGCACGCUAAGUUACCGUCUCCCAGAAAGAAGAAGAGAAAGAAUUGGGGCAGACUGGUUGGGAAAGCCCAAGAAUCCCAACUAAGUGCGGAUAACGAGCCAAUCAGCAAUCUUUUUCCAGAACCUUUGGAAGAAAUCCAGCUUACACAGGUCUCCUACGAGAAUGACGAUGAUCCGUUCAUGAAGAAGCCGAGAAGAAGGUAG